AUGGCAUAGACCUUACGUUACUACCUAUCCCUGCCGAAUCUUCUAAGGGAGCUACUCAACGUAUUUGCAAAGAACUAAGAACAAUUAUACACAAACAAUCAGAAUCAUCUAAUGAUUUAGGAUUCUUUAUUGAUACCAAUAGAUUACGAUCAGUAUAUCAAUGGGUUGUUCAACUUACGAACUUUGAUUCUAGUCUACCACUUGCGCAAGACAUGGCAAGAAACAGAGUAAAUUCUAUUGAUUUGGAAGUUAGAUUUGCACCUGAUUAUCCUUUUGUACCCCCAUACGUUCGUGUUAUUCGUCCUAGGCUUUUGAGAUUUAUGGAUGGAGGGGGUGGUCACGUUACUGCCGGAGGAUCUAUAUGCAUGGAUCUCUUAACCCUUGGAAAUGAACGUGAACGUGGAUGGUCAUCUGUUUAUGCUAUGGAAGCUGUAUUAUUACAGAUCAAGAUAGCAUUGAGUUCUUUGGAUCCAAAACCAGCAAGGCUUGAUCGUAAUUGGAAUUGCGAAUAUAGUCCUGGGGAAGCCAUUGAUGCGUAUAUACGAGUCGCUAAUCAGCAUGGGUGGGCUGUACCGCAAGGAUGGAGCUCUCUGUUUGGUCGUUAA